AUGAGUGCAAAAUAUCCAACCAAUAUGAGUUGCCGAGAGGCCUUUGAUCAGUUGACGAGUUGUUAUUCGAUCGGAGGUCAAUUCAGAAACUAUUAUAGAUAUGGAGAUUUUACAUCAUGUGAUAAGCAGGUAUCAAAAUUCAAGUUUUGCAUGGUCCAUGGAAAUGACCCUGUCAAAGUACAGGAAUGGUAUAAAGAACAGGUUUCCAAUAACAAAGCAUUGGAAAACAGCACUGGUAUCAUAUGGCAGGAGAAAGAUAUUACUGCGAAGAAGUAA